AUGGAGAUCGUUUGGCCCGCAUCCGAUGCAUAUUGUGUAUGGUGGACAUGGUUUGAAUUCUCAAUAAAUACGAUUGGACUAUUUUUAAUGGCAUGGAUUUCCAUCGAACGACAUGUGCUUGUUUUUCAACCGCGCGCGAUGCAGCACAAGCCAUGGAAAAAAUGGAUAUUUCAUUUCGUACCAAUCAUUCUUUGUUUGAUUUGGACACCAAUAUUUUAUUUUGUGGUUGUAGUCAUCUCCCCACAUUGUACGAAUGUAUGGGAUUUUAAUUUAGUUAAUUGUGGUAUUCCAUGUUAUUUUACAGCAAAUUUUCUCGGUCAGUUUGAUUUCAUCUUCAAUAUCGCUGUUCCCAUUACUAUAAUUAUCCUUGCAAAUCUAACAUUAAUAAUUCGCGUCACCUAUCAAAAGACGUCUCGUAAUCGAGCAAUAAACUGGCGACGUCAUCGCAAAAUGGUACUUCAACUAUGGAUUAUUUCAUCACUUUACAUGGCAUUUUGGUUACCUUUGGCAAUCACACAACUCACCCAAAUAACUGUGAUGCCUUCAUUUAUGAUCAAUGAACUGGAGACAAUUCUGUUCGUUGUCUAUUUAAUUCCGCUUUUUCUGCCAAUGGUUUGUCUCAGUACACUGCCUAAUUUGAUCAAGAAAAUUGUGAAUACUAUUGCGAAACCAAAUUUGAAUGUGAUUGGUACUAUUACUUUUAAUCGGGGCAUAGGACAAAUAGCGAUCAAUACAAUUGAUCAAUAA